UCCGGACGUUACAAUAUAAUGACGGCGAUGCAAAUUACAAGUUGACUGUUAAAAUUGAUCUCGUACUCUUCGACAUAUGGUAAAAUUAUAUCGCAACGUGGAUUGCAAUCAUGACCUCGUUGCACGUGAGUCGUACGGUCAGAGAUACUACGUUAAAAUUUUUGUCAAUAAUCGAUCGAUUGUUAUCGUUAACUAAUACAAAACUCAGUGACAAGAAGCAAAUCAACGCGUGCCUGAGCGAUCUCAAUGAACUGGAUUAUAGGUGGCUCGACGUUGUAAAUAAUGAUGCUGUAUUGUUGUUAGUGAAUCAACUCUGCAUGAAUAUCCUACCUGCGGAAACAUCUUUAGUCCAGAACGCCUGCAAAUUUCUAUACAAUUUAACACAAAGUAAUAUUAAGCUCCAUGGUCGAACAUUGAUAGCUUGUAAGCGAUGGAUCUUGGAAGCUUUGGAGUUUUCUGAACCACUGGCACAAAUUAAUGUGUUGGCUGCUAUAAAAGGCUUAUUACAAGUUGGAUAUUCCAGCGAUAUCGGUGAUUGCGUACGAUUGUUACUCAGGGAUAAGGGUCUCCUGAUAAGACACUUAGAUCCUUUAUGCAAUCCAUGGUCUGAAAUCAACUUUCAUGCACUUGAGUGUCUAGAAGAAAUCGUGUUAAACAAAAAUAAUAGUAAUUACUUGUGUACGCAUGAAUUUUUAUCUUUGAUAAAAGAUAUUAUUUUAAAAAUUCUCUUGCUGUUGCCAUAUCGAGAGGAUGAUAAACUUUACUACAGCAAGGUCAUACAUUUGUGUCUGCAUAUCUUGCAUCUCAUGAUACUGGCGAAACAGGUCCCCAAUACUCCGGAUUUCGUUGGGGAGAUACUGGGAAUGGUGCAGGCAUUUUUGUUUCACGGUAUCAAGGAUUAUCCGGCCACUAGGCCGCAAUUACUUCGUCCAGCGGCGAUGAACCUGCCGGAACGCGUCCAUGAGGUUCCGAAAUGCAAGAACCUGAAGAACCACAAAGCGAGGCCGAGGAAAGCAGCCGCCAGGAAGAUCAUGUUCGAUGCGAAGAGUAAUGCUCUUUCGGAACACACCGGUAUCUCCAGAUACUCCAGCGACUCGGACACAUCGGACACGGAAGGCAACAAUUCCGUCCAUUCCGUCGAUUCUAAAGUGAGACUGGGAGCUGUGUGUUUGCUGCAGGCACUCACGAAGUUCACUCAGAGCAAAGAAAUCUUCGGUUACUGGCCGCAGAUUGUCGCUACCGGCUCACGAAAUGACGCACGAGUGUUGACGAGAAGCAUAUUGGUGGAGCCUGUAUCGAAGGUCCGACUGAACGUACUAAGUACACUGACCGAAUUACUGAUGGGUGCCAGACCGUUCUUGAUACACGCCGAGGACACCAAUCAUACUUCCUUCAUCACGUUUUUCGGCACAGUAUGUCUGAUGGUCAAAGAACUGCACUUCACCUUAUCGUUGGUCUUGUUCGCCGAGAAAAACGUGGCCGUCUUGACACACGCGUUGAAAUGCGCCGCGGCUCUCGUGCAUGGCACGCCGUACGAACGGCUGAAGUCCGGGUUGGUCAACAAAUUGGUCAGGAAUUGUAGGCCGCACAUAUUUCACAAAGACCCGACCGUGCGAGUUGCAGCGUUGUCCGUUUUCGAAGCAUUCGCCUCGUGCGAACCGAUCACUCCGGAGAUCUCGAAUAUAUUAGCUAAGCAGUCUGUAUGCGAUACAGAGUCAGAAAAAUUACAGCUCAAUGCUGGUUGCACCAGCGACACCGGGACGGAGGAGGAAGAGAUAGACAUCGAAGAUGUGUGCGUUGAUAGCUCGGUGGUCAGCUCUAACGAGGUCAAGACGUUUAAAGACGAGAGAAUUGGUCUGCUGGUUCGCGUUUGCCUAGAAAAUAUAUCCAAUAAGACGAUCAGUACACCGGUGCGACUUCAGUCUUUAAAACUCAUGGGGAGGCUGGCGUUUAACACGGGCAACCUUGUGUUUCCUCAUCUGGAGAAAGUGACCACAACGUUGAUCUCCGUUAUGGAGGAGCCGGAGAGUCAAGUGGUGUUACACGCAUGCCGGGUCUUGGAGAUCAUGUCCGACUGCCUCGUGAAUACCGAGGCCUAUCAUAGCAACGGCACAUUAUUCUGGAAUAUUAUAUUCGAGUCUAUGAUAUCACUCGUCCAAUCGUCGCACACGAUACUGCGAGAGGCUGCUUGCGAUUGCCUAGGUAGCAUCGACGGGAAUGUGUUCACGCAACUGUCGAGACAAAGGACUGUGCUAGUAAUAACGAUACUGAUCGGAGCAGUUCGCGAUGAGGAGAGCGCCGUGAGGGCAGCCGGAUUACGCGCGUUGGGGAUGUUGGUGACUCUGUCGGCGUUAGAGGACGACACUGGUUUCCUCAUGGAUCUGGCCCACGGAGUUUUCUUGACCUUCAAUGACAAAAAUCUCGGCGUUCGCGUCAAGAGCGCUUGGGCAUUGGCGAACCUGUGUGACUGCCUCUCCAGGCAAAAGCAGCACGAAGAAAAAGAUCCAUUGCCCCUGAAGGCUCUGUUGCCCGAAUUGUAUCAGGUGUGCGUAAAGGCUGCACAAGACAACGACAAGGUGAAAUGCAACGCUGUUAGAGCGAUCGGGACUAUCUUAUAUCUGUGUUCGGAGAAGCACAUACUCUUCGAUACGACAUUGGGAUUAAACGCACUUAUCAGUUGCGCAUCUUUGAGAAACGAUAUGAAAGUACGAUGGAACGCUUGCCGAGCUCUCGGACUAGUUUUAGGUCACAAUCCAGAUACGAUACUGCCGCCUUCUUGGAAGGUCAAAAUAUUUCCGGUGCUCGCCAAUUUGAUAUGUCACAGUCUCAAUUUCAAAGUUCGCACUAACGCCGCAUGGGCGCUGUCCUCGUGUAAUUAUUACGGUGAGUACACCGUGAUGUUGUGGAAAAGCGUCAUUUUAGCAUUUGAGAAUGCUCAGCACGUUCCGAGUUAUGUGGAAUAUUCACACCAAGAUGCGCUGAUUCAACAACUAUGUCUUACUCUCAGUCACGUUGCCGCUUGCACAGAAGAAUCCGAGCUGCAAAAUCUUUGGGUGGAAAUUGGCGAUCACGUCGAGGAGAUUUCUAAUGUCAUGAAACAGUUUCAGGAAACUGUGUUGCCCGAAAAACUGGGGGAUUUAAUCAAAGCGAGAGCCCAAUUGGAGCAGCAUGCGAAAAAUACGCAAUGCGUCGAGAACCGUCAAAUCGCUCAAUCCUUGGCGAAUAUAUUUGAAAGAACUAAUCGCUAUGACAAUUUAGAUGUCGCAACAUCUAAUAUGAGUUUAUAAAACCUAGUAAAGAAAAGAAAAUGAAAAGUAAGAUAUAUCUCCUGACUAACGUUUUUGGCAACAAUUAUUGAUGAUUCUUUUCAAUAAAAAGAGGUAUAUAUACGAAUUUAUAGUAAAAGCCUGAUUUUCAAUUCAUAUUUUG